AGAGAGGUGGGGCUGCCACAGCUCCCUCCACCCUUCCCCCGACCCGAGUUCAGCUGCUGCUGCUGCUGCUGCUGCUUUGCCAGUGGCACAGUCGUCCCUGUGCACUGUAACCUCGGCAUCCUCGGAGCAUCCAGCAGCUGCCAGGCACUUGCAGCCCUCUCAUGAAUGUCUUUCUUUAUCUCCAAGUGGCUGACUUCUCUUUUUCAAGGCUACUGUUUUCCAUCUCCUCGCUUAAAUACUGUAUCUUCUUCAAGUAUGGAAUUUGUAUGGAAACGAUGGUGGUGUCUUCAGCUGGGCUGUAUGUUAUUAGUGAAUUUGGUUUAUGCCAAUCUAGAGUAUCAAAAAGAAACUCCUCCAAGCCUGCGUGAGAUUGACCAUCAGUGCUGGGAGGUAUCGUCCCAUGGGCUGGUGGAAAUGAAGAAACUCAAGGUAGCAGAUACAGUCAUUGCUCUCUGGGACUUCAUGAUGUUCCUAAAGGAAUCCCCUAAGCCCAAGCACAAUGAUCUCUUCAAUGAUUUAGCCCAGAACUUCUGGGACAUGUAUGUAGACUGCGUGCUCUCAAGAUCCCAUGGAAUGGGCAGAAGACAAUUAACAUCUCCCAAAUAUUCUUCCACGUACUCACACAGAACUUUAGGAGGGUCUGCUUUCACCAAUCCGUUUUAGGCCAAAAGGGGAGAAAAUGAAGAUACUUGAACAAGGCAACAUCAGAACGAAGGAGCACAAAAUCACAAUAUGUAUUGUAGAUGUUUGGACAAAUCCUUUGGCAUGGUUCAACCCCUUUUUUUUUUCUUUUCUUUUUGUAUAAAGUACUUAAUCACUCCUAAACUGAUAAGUACAUGAACACCCACACUGUCCCUUUUGCUUUCCUGUCUUGCAGUCUACUAAGCUUGCCUUUUCCUUGCUCCAUGUGAAUGUGUUCUGAGUCAACACAUUUGUUUUCCCACAUAAACUUUAAAGUCUGGAUGUGUCA